UCAGUUUAAAAUCGUUUGUACAAAAAUGCCGAAAUAACUGGCCGUUCUUAUUUGGUUUCGGUUUUUUCUUAAGUUUCGAGGUCUCCGAGCUUGGAACAGUCAUGAGCACUGAACGCCUUAUCCUGCUGCAGUUCAGCAUGCAUUGUUUCAAGAUCAUCUUCAUCUACUGCAUCUGUGUGAAUGUCCUGGAACAUUUCGUACAGCGGGUCCAGGACAAUUGAGCGGAAAAAUGCUAGAGGCGAGAAAGCGGAAACUUUAAAAUAAAACGGCAGUUAAUUUUGCAAAA